AUGGGCCGUUUAGGGGGUGCCAAAGACAACCUCAUGAAGGACCCCCUUAUAAAGGACUCUUCAAUGGAGAACGACCUCGACUUUCCACCGACGCGCUACGAACGGGCGCACGUUCAUGACGUCUACGAGGCCAUCGCCGCACACUUUUCCUCCACCCGCUAUCGCGCGUGGCCGAGGGUGGGGGCCUUUUUGGAGGCCCUCCCGCCCUUUGCGAUGAUCGCCGAUGUGGGAUGCGGAAAUGGGAAGUACUUCGCUUCGGCCCAGCGCAUGGCGGGGCCGCCGCGGUCCUCGCACGUCGGCCCUAAUCCACAGUGUAGUAAUCGUACUAAUCGCCGGAAUGCUCCUAAUAGUCCUGAUGGGAAUCGAACCAGUCCGAAUGGCAAGGUGGCAUCCCUCACCACGCGGCGGUAUGUGGUUGGGGUGGAUUACAGCGGCGCGUUGCUACGCCAAGCGCAGCGCGAGGCGGCCGAUCCGAAUGCAAGCGUUUCCACCCCUUCUUUUUCUUCCUUUUCCUCGUCCGAGUCAGGGCGGCAGCCUCGGACGGAUACGCUUCGUUGUGAUGCCCGUCAAUGUCCUUUCCGUCGGGGGCUAUUCGACGCGGUGAUUAGCAUCGCGGUGAUCCACCACUACGCAACGCCGCAGCGGCGAAGGGAAGCGGUGGGGGAGCUGCUCCGUCUCGCGCGGGCGGAGGGCGGAUUGGUGUUAAUUUACGUCUGGGCAAGAGAGGACGAUCCUCCUAAUGAUAGAAAUGAUAAAAAUAGAAGCGGCGGGAAGAGGCGAAGGAGCGCUGCGCAGCGGGUGGAUAGCUGUACAGGGGAUGCGCUCGUGCCAUGGGAGAUGAACACACGGUUUCGCUCGGGCAACGACGACGAACAGCAGAUAUUUCACCGAUUUUAUCAUUUCUUUUCGGAGGGGGAGUUGCAGGAGCUCUGUAGGGAGGCUGCCAAAGAAGCGGGGGUAACGGUGCACGUACGUGAAGCCUACUAUGAUAAAGAAAACUGGUGUAUUCUGCUAGAAAAAUCCUAA